AUGAAGACAGUUAAUUGUUACGUGCUGUUACUUUGCUGGAAAGCAAUUUGUUGCAAUAGCUGCCAGCUCACCAAUAUUACCAUAGCAGUGGAAAGAGAAGAAUGUGAAUUCUGCAUUACAGUGAACGCCACGUGGUGCUCCGGAUACUGCUUCACAAGGGAUCCAGUAUACAAAUAUCCACCAGUAUCAUCCGUUCAGCAAACAUGCACCUUCAAGGAGGUUGUGUACGAAACAGUGAAGAUCCCUGGCUGUGGUGACCAUCCUGAAUCUUUCUAUUCAUACCCAGUAGCUACAGAGUGUCACUGUGAGACCUGUGACACUGACACCACCGACUGCACCGUCAGGGGACUGGGGCCAUCCUACUGCUCCUUCAGUCAGAGUGGAAGUAACCAGUGA